AUGCUGGCAAAUUUCUGUCUAUUAUUCUUGCUCUCAUCCACCGGCCGGGCCUCAAAAAGAUUCAAGGAGUGGUUCCUAACGCUGAUUCGAGGAUUGGUUGCUAAUGCUGGCACCUUUCAAUCCACCGGCCGGGCCUCAAAAAGAUUCGAGGAUUGGUUCCUAACGCUGGCUAUGGGGACAGGAGAGGAGUUGCAGCGAGUAGAUUUGAUAUCCCAUCAAGCAUCUAGCCUCAUCUUAGCACUGGAGGACUUGCUCAUGCAUGUCAUGGUCGACCCUUGCGAUGCGCUGGAAGGUCAUACAUGCGUCCAUCCCUCCAUGUGUGAUCCCCUUUGGGUCGACAUCACUACAACACCCUACAUGGCAGAGCCAGAGGAGUAUGUGACUGUGUAUGAGGGCAGUGUCGAGUUUAAUGAGGCCAUCUAUGCUAUGGCGGAUGAAUGCCUUAUUUUUUUGUAUCUAGGAAUAUUCUACAACAUGCCUGCCAAGCGCGAUCUAGAACCACCUUUCUACUGCGUUACCUAUGGCCACUACAUUGGAGUUUUUCCAUCAUAUCUCUGA